AUGCUUCAUUUUUUCGGCGGCCUCUGGAUAGCGUUGGUUCUAACAGAAGGAUCCGAUGAUCAUUUUGUUUGUGAAAUGGGAAAUUUUAGAUUGAACAUCAGGAUGAACUAUGAUCAUUUGCGGGUAAUUCUGGAUGAGAAGGAAACAAUUCUCGACAUUUAUUUCCCUUUCAGAGUGGACUAUGAAAAUGUGAAAGUGAAACUUAUGGCUGAUCACAAUGAGCUGCAUUUUUUUGCGCCUGUUAUCUGGUGA